AUGUGGUUUUCGCACAAAUGUUUGGCUGCUUUUACCGAAAAGGAUAAGCAAGAGCUUGCCUUGCUUCUUCCUGAGCCUGACCAAGUUAUCAAGAACAAGAAGGUUAUGAUUAGGUCAGGCUUUGGACAAGUGGCCACUAAUCAUUGCUACGAAGCUGCAGAAAAGUGGCAGGACAUUUCAUUCUUGGGUGGCUUCGAUCCAGAAAACAAGCCUGCAACUGUAAAUGUUGAGGACGACAGCUUUAAAGACGACAAUUAUGAACAGAAUUGGGGCGUGUCAAAGAAUUCAAUGAGGAAAAGCGAAAGCGAGAGGAGAUCGAUGUUGGCCGCCCGAACGUAAAGAAAGCUAAAGGAAAGGACAAGGCCUCAGAUACUCGUCGUGGUAGCCCACCCAAGUAAACCCACACACACACACACACACACAAUCAAUUGAAGACCGUGUUUUUGGGCCGAGUUAGAAAC